UGAAAGAACCCUAGAAGUGUGUGCUUGUUACUUGUAUGGGUCAGAGAAAAGUAGUGUUGCCCCAUUUGAUAACUUCGAAUUGCGCAUAAUGUUGAUAGAGUGCACUGCCUUCUGCAGAAUUUGAUGUGUGUUAGCUUCAAAGACAAGUGGCUCGGCACUGAAGAUUGGUCCAACAAGUGACUCGAUUGCAUUCGCCUUUGGCUUUGCCGCCAUCUUGUGAAUUCGCCGUCACUCUUCCACGAGUUCAUUCGCUCUCUCGAUUUCCGAAUUUGAAACCAUCCUGUACGUGAGUCUGAUCGUUGAUCGCUUCGUUUGUUAAGUUCUAACGUUUUUCGAUUGUAGACCGGUCGGAACGAGAGAUGUGUGAGAAGAAAGAAUGUUGCAGAGCAGCAUGAGUUUUUCACAUCCCUAUUGAAGUCAGGAGAGGUCAUCAUGAGCGGAGGUACUGCCGAUUUUUUCUACCGUGAGGCUCGCAGGCUUAAGUAUGUGGCCCGCUCGGCUUUCAAGUUGUUGGAGAUACAAAAGAAACACCGAAUCAUUCGGCCAGGUGCCUCUGUACUGGAUCUCGGGUGUGCCCCGGGUGCUUUCCUACAGGUAGCGUGCCAAAAUUUAGGGCCGCCGGAGAAAGGGGGCGUGGUGGUUGGAGUUGACAUCAAGAAGGUAAAAGUACCUGCGGACCAUUGUGAUCACCGUGUACGGACAAUCGCCAGUGAUGUGAUGCAGAUGUCUCAUGCCGCUCUUGCAUCUUUCUCAGCUUCGGGAAAGGGGUACUCGGUUUUGAUAUCAGACAUGUGCCCGUCGGUAUCAGGGGUCGGAUCUAAAGAUGCUGCACUGUCAGCAGAGCUAGGCAUGUGUGCAUUGCAUCUUGCACUUGGUCAGUCAGAGGUAGAUGAUUCUAUACCUGAGACUGGUGGAAUACUGCUGCCGGGGGGCAGCAUUGUUAUCAAACUUCUCGAAGGUGAAGAUAGUCAAGGCUUUCUCAAACUAUGCAAAGGGAGAUUUCAGCAACUACAUUGGCUGCGGCCUAAAGCAACACGUAGCACAUCUAGAGAGAUUUAUUUCAUUGGAAAAAGCAGAGUGACAAAAUACUCUCCCAAUCAGGAAAAAUGAUAUAGUGAAUAGAAGACAUCCUCAUAACCGCAGGUGUACUGCUCCGCCAGAUAUGAACUUUCACUCACUGUUGAUGCAUUAGGGAGUUCAUCUUUUAGUUCUCUGUUGUAAAAGUUCUGCGGUUUCACCAAAAAAUGUGAAGAAAAACUGAAAAGAAGCUAUGAUAUUGUAUUACAUUGUGCUAUUCAACUCAACCCUGUUCGGAUGAAUAGUAAACUAGAGAAUGCGAAGAUCGAUUUUUUGGCUUUUAUGCCAUCGGA